AUGGGCAGGGCUUCGUCAGAGGGAACUGAUGUGAAGCUGAAGGAGAAGAGAAAAGAGAAGGAGGCGCUGAAGGAGAAGGAAAAGAAAGACAAGAAGGAGUCUGAAAGAGACAAAAAGGACAAACAGCGUAAGGACAAGGAGCGUGAGAAGGAGAAGGGCAAGGAGAAGCCCAAAGCCAGACCAAAAGCUGAUGGUGAUAAGAGGAAGGAAGAGGACAGUGAUGACGACAUCGAGAAGGAGAAGGAGAAGGACAAGCUUGCCUUCCUUGCUGCCAUCAAAGGUCUCAGAGAAAAAGACAAGAAGGUGGAGAAGAAGAAGCCGCAGUCUGAGACAAAGAAGAAGCUCAGGAAUGCCCGCAGUUCCAGCAGCGACAAGAACCGCAAGGAGCGGCGGGAGAAGCGACGGCGCUCCGAGCGUAGCCGGUCCAAAGAUGACGAGUCCUCUGGCUCAGACACGCCGGAAAAGCCGAAGAAAGAGACGGCACUUGUGACCAGCUCCGGAUUUGGUGCGCCUCUGGCCCUGGUGACCAGUAUCGUGCCGGCAGCUGUGGGUGCCAGCGACGUCAUUGGCGUCUUCUGCCGCUCUGCGGGGGCUGACCAGAACUCUGAGCAAGCGCUCAGAGCACUGCCAGCACAUCUGCAACAAGCCGUGAUGGCAGAAGGCUCCAUUGUUGGCUUGAAUCCAUCAGCUGUGCUGAUGGGUCGGAUACGCAAGGUAGCCAUUUGUCCCUUUUCAGUGGACGGGCGUGCUGAUGGCUUUCUCGUUGAGAAGAAGGGUCUACGAGCCCGCAGCCUGGAUGCAGACGCCUUCAAGUCGGAAGUCCGAAAUGCCAUGGACGAGGCACUGGGCUGUGGCGGGGAGGUUACAGAGGAGCAUCUGCAGGCGACAGAGGAGGAUCUGCGCAAGAUGUUUGUCACACUGCCGAAGAACAGCAACGGGCGUCUAGAGAGAAGAUCGCUGAGGUAUCUUGUGUAUCGCUAUUUUCAUCGACGCUCGGCUUUGGUGCUCCGAGGCUUUGAGCCAACUCGCCUCGUCAAUGAAUCAACGUGGGGUGCUGCCGAUAUUCUUAGUGAACAGGUGCCUGGAUUUGUGGAGUCAGUGCUGCAUUCAAGCCACGUAGCGGAGAGCGGAUUUGAUUUACGAGAUGCUGCUUACAUGGUCGCGACGCUGGAACAGCUCAUUUUCGACUCGGAGAGCGCCCUCUUGGAGAAGGCGGAGGAGGCUGAGCUGGGAUACAAAGUCGAUUUUCCGCAUGCCUUGGUCGAGUGUCACGUAGAGGAGGAAAAGCCGCAAAGGAAAGAGAAGGCGAAGACCAAUGCAGGAGGUUUCGCCAAACGGGAGAGGGCCAAUGCCAAGGCCAAGGUCCUGGCCAAGGCCAAAGCCAAAGCCAAAGCCAAGGCCAAAGCCAAGGCCAAGGCCAAGGCUGGGGCGAAGGCCAAAGCCGCCAAAGCCAAAGCGUCUCCAAAGGUCAAGGUCAAGAAGGAGUUGGACGAAGAUGCUGCUCAGAAGAAGCUGGUGCACCGAAAAACAGACAAGCAGAGCGCUAAAGCGAAGGCGAAGACUAGAGCCACAAAGGUGAAGGUCAAGAAGGAAUUGGACGAAGAUGCUGCUCCGAAGAAGCGGUGUCGGAAAGAAGCAGAGGAGCAGGCCGGGGCCUGGGAGAAGAAAUUCUACGUUCAUCAGUCGGGCUUCGUCGACCAGGUCAUGGCCACAGGGUGGGAUGUCUGCUUUGGUGCCCUUGGAACUGGUAUAGUGGGCGUCAGACCGGAGGCUGCAGGGGAAGCUGCACGAGCUUCGACAGACACCGGUGCAGGAGCUGUUUCAAAUGCAAAGGCCAAAGUGUUGGCGAAGGAUGACUUGCUGAUUCUGUUUCGAAACGCGCCCAAAUGUUCACCGCAGAGACGAGGGGGAAACAUGUUGGCCGGCUAUCAAGGAGGUCAUCUGGACUUGGAAAGCCGAAGUCUCGAAUGGAGCUCACAGAGGAGCGACAGGCAAAACAAGGUGAUUAACGCGAUCACCAACCAUCUUGGAAACGGCGGGCAAGUAAUUGUAGCCGUUCGACCAGUACACGAAAAGGAGUACCGUCUACUUGGGCAUGUCUCGAAAGCAGAUGGAGUUCAGCUGGCGGCAUGUUUGGUUAGCCCUCACGAGCAAGUGAUCAAGGACUCGAAUGGAAAAUUGCACAAGGCCAUGACGGCGGCAUGCCUUUCUGACCAAGUGAUGGAAGGGCGGUUAAGCCUUCACCGGUGCGAAGAUCCGGACACUGAAAAACUGUGCACAUGCUGCUGCUACAGGACUCCGAACCUCAUCUUUCACUUCGACGAACUGGAGCCUGCUGGGGUCGAGGCCUACUACUCGGAGCCGCCCAAAAGAAUAAAAGCUGAGCCGUGUUGA